AUGUUGACAAGUUCGGCAAUCGAUCAUACUUUGUUAAAACAAGAUGCAACAUUAAAGCAACUUGAUCAAUUAUGUACUGAAGCCGUUGAACAUAAAUUUGCUACCGUGUGUAUUCAACCGUGUCACGUUAAAUAUGUUGCAGAUAAAUAUUCAGUACGUGUUUGUACUGUUAUUGGUUUCCCGCUUGGCGCAACAACGACCCAAACGAAAUUAUAUGAAUGCCAACAAGCAUUAAAUGAUGGUGCACACGAUAUUGAUAUGGUUAUUAACAUUGGCAAGAUCAAAGAUGGUGAUUUUGCAUACGUUCAAAAUGAAAUUGAGCAAUUAGCCAAACUAGUACAUUCCUCGGGUGAGAAUAAAAUUCUCAAAGUUAUUAUUGAAACUUGUUUAUUAAAUGAAAAUGAAAAACAAAAAUUAUGUCAAAUUGUGGGAGAUGCUGGGGCUGAUUUUAUCAAAACUUCAACAGGCUUUUCAACUGGUGGGGCAACAUUAGAUGAUAUUAAAUUAUUACGUCAAUAUUCACCUAACAAUGUUCAAGUGAAAGCAUCUGGUGGUAUACGAGAUAGUCAUUUUGCAAGAGAAUUAAUUCAAGCUGGUGCUACACGUCUUGGAACAUCAUCUGGUGUUGCUUUAAUGAAAGAUAUUCCAUCCACAUCUGUUUAUUAG